GGAAUGUCCACUUCCUCUCCUCGCUGUAAAGUAAUAACUGUAAUUGGUCUGAGGAAGCUACUACAAAACACAGAUAUUGCAACAUUUUUUCAGCUUCCAGUUGUCUGCUGCUGAAAUCUGCUGCGAGGAGCCACAAACUACAACCUGGAAAAAUGACUGUCCUCACACUCACACAAGGAAUAUGAUCCGACAUUAGUACCUGCAAGGAAAGGAGCAAAACAAGACCUGAGAGGGAGAAUGUUCAGCUUCAGGCUCGCCUACAUUUUCUCGUACAACCUGUUCCAGUUCUGCGGGCAUACAUGGAUACUGGCCAACAGCAUAGCCAGGCUCCUCACAUUUGGUCGAGAUGCUUUAGCAGACACAUUUUACUCUAUCGGCUUAGUGAUGAGUCUGUGCCAGCUGCUCUCCAUCCUGGAGCUCUUCCAUAUCGCGGACGGGAUUGAGAAAGCCAGACUUCUUCCACGCUUCGUCCAAGUCAUGGAGAAGAACCUCCUGCUGAUCAUGGUCAUCAUGGUGGAGGAGAUCCAGAGCAAACCCGUCGUGUUUGUACUGUUCUUCCUUUGGAACAUUCUGGACCUCUUACGAUACACCCAUGAGCUGCUGUGCUCUAUGGACAAACCAUCCAUCGCCAUGCUGUGGGCCCGCUACACACUCCGGAUCCCCUUAUACAUCCUGUCAGUGGCCACUGAAGUCGUCACCAUAUAUCAGACGCUGCCUUAUGUUGAGGCGACGCCGCCAAAGUCGUGCUCUCUGAAUUCAACCACGUCAGAACACAUUCGCCGGCCCAUCCUCCUAAUGCUCUGCCUGCCCGUUCUUGCUCUCGGCGCCUCCGUGACUGUCUGGCAGCUGCUGAAGGAGAGACAACAUCGGCUGGAGAAAUGGAACAAGAAGAUGAAAAGAAAAUGACGAUCGGACGCGUUUGAAUCCUUCCAAUGUCUGUUUAAAUUCAGUGAUGUCAUCAGGAUGUGUGAGUCUGGAUUUAAGAGAAGAUCUCAAGAGGCACAAAUCAAAUCCAUUAAGUAUUUCCUGUGUUUGAUGAACCUUUAAUGGGCAGAUAAUGACAGAUGACAUGCUCAUAUGUGCUCCAAGCAGAGCUACACUUUCAGUCCGUGAUGCUCAGUGAGCCUCAGCCGUCUCUGUUUGCGGUGACGAGGCUCCUCCGGGCUACCAUCCGUACGCUCUGGUCCACACGGCUUUCUUCUUGAAUUCGGCGGAGGACCUCAGGGCCAGCAGGGCGGCUGAAAAGGACGAUCAGAUAAACUGCUUUGAACAUUUAGAAUCACACGAGGAGUUUUCAGUUCUGCCAAGAAUGCUAUUUGCCAUCGAUGGGAUGGGUUUCUGCUAGCUGCAGCCAAUACUUAUGUUUAUGUGCGUCUUACUCAGCGUUUCCUCCCCUGUGGAGUUCUCUUUUAAACUCUGUUUACACUCAAGUUGACACAAAAACCCAUUGUGUAUAUCUCAGCUGUCCAACAACCACACUGGAUCCAUUUCCCUCUCCUUAAAAAAACAUUUACAAAGUGACAUUUAUUUUGGUCUCAUUGUGGAUGCAUUAUGAGAGGACAAGACGUCCAGCACAAACAGUUGGUCAGCUUCCUCUUAAAGGACUCCUUUUCUAUCAUUAAGUAAACUGACUACAUAUUUUAUGGAUAUUUCAUAUUACACAAGAAGAGCUGAUGAACUGAACAAUGACCCCGAACAGUCAAACAAUAACUGCAGGGGUUUGGAUGAAUAAUGAGCAGAUUAUAUCCUGUCUUAUUAUUUCACAGAUGAGAUUCUUAUGAACUGUCUGGAUUAUUUUUUUUGGAUGAAUCCCCAUGACCUUUCAUUGUUCUAUGAGCUCUCUCUCACAGUCAGUCUCCAUAAGUCCCCAUGUUCAAAUGUCCAACUUCACAGCAGAAAUAAACAUGUUUACAGCCUGGUAUAAAAAA